AGUCCUUUAGGUAAAUGAUGGUUGCAGGCUAAUGGCAGGAGGGGCUAUGUCUAAAACCGGAAAGUGGCAGCGUUUAGCAGUUGGAGGACAGUGAAUGUGCAUCUAACUAGCGAGGGAAAUGAUGUAGAAACUAUCAUUUCUCAACUGUGUUAGGGCUCAUCAGUGACGUCAUGUCUUAAACAAUACAAAACGGCUCGACAACAUAAAAAGCUCGAUACACGCUUCAUCACGGAAACACACACUCCGAAGCCUCGGCACAGCCACGUAGCUAGCAUCCCUGGAAGUAACCAGUUUCCAAUACUCUAUAGUCGUUCAACUGUAUGUUUUGGACUGGAAUCGGCGAGGCGAAUCUUCCGGUUUUGUGGAACUGCUUUUUCUAUCGUUGGGUGUCUCCAAACCUCCCGUGCGGUCGCUCGCCGAGGACUUGUGAGACCAAGAUUGUCCUGAGCCGUCUCUCUGCAGCCAUGACAUCCAAGACAGCCCUGCUGAAGGUGAUCCUUCUGGGUGACGGCGGUGUCGGCAAAUCAUCCCUCAUGAACCGCUACGUCACCAACAAGUUUGACUCUCACCUAUUCCACACUAUAGGCGUGGAGUUCCUCAACAAAGAGCUGGAUGUGGACGGCCACCACGCCACUCUGCAGAUCUGGGACACGGCGGGUCAGGAGCGUUUCCGCAGCCUCCGCACGCCUUUCUACCGCGGCUCCGACUGCUGCCUGCUCACCUUCAGCGUGGACGACGGGCAGAGCUUCCGAAACCUGGCCAACUGGAAGAAGGAGUUCACUUAUUACGCUGACGUAAAGGACCCUGACAACUUCCCGUUUGUGGUGCUGGGCAAUAAACUGGAUGUGCCCGAGCGGCAGGUGUCUGGUGAGGAUGCGCGGAAGUGGUGCCGCGAGAACGGCGGCCACCCGUACUUUGAGACAAGCGCUAAGGAUGCUACAAACGUAGCAUCGGCCUUUGAGGAGGCGGUACGUCGCAUCCUGGCGUUGGACGACAGAGCUGAUCACCUGAUUCACACCAACACAGUGGACCUGCAGAGGAAGAGUCACCCUGACCCCAGCUGUUGCUGAGCGGAGGGUGCUGAAUGUGACUCCCAGCAGGACGCCGUGUGACUCUGCACAAAGAGGAACUGGUGGUUUGCUCAGUAGCUGUUGUAUUACAUACCCUCAGAUAAACCCGGGACCAGGAUCUGCAUUUGUAAGCAAAUACUGAGACUCUUUUGGACCAAAAACUGAACAUUUUGUGCCAAUAUUCAGCAUUUCCACCUACACAAGAGACAAAAACUCUCCACCCAACUCUGACAAUAACAUAUCAUUUCUGAUACAUGUUUUAUAGAUUUAUUUGUGGUCAGUGAUGAACCUCAAUUGUGUCAGAGGUGGACAUAACUGGCUCAUACCUGAAUUUUAAGGGGCCUUUAUGGAGUGAUUGUAACUUGAGCUGGGUUUCUGUGAUAAAAGCUGAACUACAUCACCUCUAAAGUACAAGCAGUUCUCUAAACUUAAAAAAAAAAAAAAUGUUUUCACGUGACUGUUGGAGCUGUGGCUACAAGUUUUAGCCCACAAAAAGAGAAGUCCAGAGAUUAGCGUCUGCCUCUAGAAGCAGAUACAACCACAUUUACAGCUAAAAUAUAAUGCAACAUAAUCCUGAUUGUUCUGAAACGGCUCAGUAACCUAUACUCCCAAAAUGAUUUUCAGGUCUUUUGAUAAACAAGCUACCACUAGAAAACAUAACACAUGACUAAAACAUGUCAUAUCUGCAGUUAUAAACCAACAUUCAAAUUUUCCAUCUCCAACUCAAACUCUUGAUCUACAGCAUGGAAAGUAAUUAAUGUGGUUAAUCAAAUUACAGACAGAAACUGCUGUCUUUAACAGAUUGUUAUAGAGGAAAUCACAUGUUGAGAUUAAAUAGUUGAUUUAAUCAUCUUUUCCAGAUCAGAUGUUUGCUGUUCUGUUGGGAUGAUAUUACCAGUGAUGCUAUGAUGGAGUGUAGUGUUCCCCUGAGGAAGAGCUAAUGGUAGUUGUUGCUGGAGUUAUAAUAAUCUGUAUUUAAGUAUGUAUUGAUGACACUAUCUCUCCUCUCACUAUGAAAAGUCGAGCACACUGUUGAAACUUAAAAUGUUAGAUAAGAUUAAAAUGACUCUCUGUAACACUGCGGCCUAUGUAAUCUUUAUCAGCAAUGCCUUCUUCAGGGCCAAUGACUCCCAUCAUUAUUAUUUUUUUACACUGGAAAUAAAACAACAGCCAGCAAUUAAACUGGAGAAAAAUC